AUGCGCCCCUCCAACCUGCUCGCCGCCCUGGGCGCCGCCACCAUAGCCUCAGCAAAAGACGACAGCCCCCCAAGCGCAUCCGCAGUCGCCCAGGCCUCCAACUGCUCAUCCACCAGCACGAACUGGUCCCUCCCCAGCACGUCGGCAUCGACCGUCAGCCCAGCAAGCUUCACCAUGACCCUGACCGUCUCACCGGGCAACGGCACUACCACCUCUUCCAACACCGCGUUGGCCUCAUCAACAACGGCGCCCGGCGGCACAAGCGCCGCGACGGCCACCUCCUCGUCCUCGCCCGGCGCCCAGUCCAGCAGCGCCGCCGCCGCCGGGGGCGAGGGCCUGUCUAGCGAUAGCAGCAUGCUGGGGCUCGUCAUCUUCUUCGCGCUGUCACUGUGCCUGCUCUGA